UUUUCUUUGUUUUUUUUCUUGAAGUUUUCUUUUUUUUUGUUUUUGUUUAAAAGAUUUGAUGAAAAGAUGAGAUAAACAAUGUCGAAAAUCAAAUUCUUAUCAGUAUCCGCCGGUUGGUUCGAAUCAAUUGGAUUGAUUUUAAUAAUUGUAAUUAAUUUAUGUUUUGCCGAUGUUCAAUAUCAAACAGCAACAACAACAACAACAACAAAUCCAUCAUUAACAUUAGAAUGUCGUCAACAACAAUCAAAUUGUACUGAUAAUAUUUAUCCAAAUCUGAAUGAUUCACGUUUAAUGUUUCCAACUAAUUUGGAACAUGUUAAUGAUAUGUGCAAAAUGUGGAGCCAUUUUGUCGAUUGUAUUCGUCGUUAUAUAAGUCAUUGUUUUGAAGAAAAUCGACGACAAUUAUUUCAUAAAUCAGUGGAAAAUUCUAUCGAUACUGUACAUGCAAUUUGUAGUUCAAAAUUAUAUCAAAAAGAAUAUUUAUCAAAAGCAAAUUGUUUUAAACAAAUAUCGAUUGAUUAUUGUGGUCAACAAUAUCAACAAUUGGUAAAUAAUAUUGCCAAUCCAAUGGCUAAUGAUGAAAAUAUUUGCUGCACUUAUGCUCAAUUUAAACAAUGCGUAAAUCGUCCAUUAUUAGAAGAAUGUGGCCGUAAAGCAAAAAAUCUAAUGGAUCAUUCAAUGAGUUUUCUUAUAUCACGUUGUCAACAUUAUACUGAUAAUUUUAAUAGCCAAAUUGAAUGUCCAUCACUAUCGAAUAUCGAAUCGAAAAUCAAUUCGAAAAUUAUGAUCAAUGAUGAAAAUCAUCAUUCAAAUUCGAUUGAUUCGAAUUCAUUGAUUGAUGAUAAUCAUCAAUCAUCAUCAUUACCACCACCAGUAUAUCCUGAAAGUCGUGAAUGGCCUGCUGCUGAAUCAAUAAAUUUGGAUAGCAGCAACAGCAACAUCAAUCCGAACAGCGAUAUGAUCAAAACAAUUGAACAACAUAAUAAUCAAAAUAAACGUGAAUUAAUCGAAGCAAAUAUUGGUAAUGUUCAUAAUACAUUUGUUGAAGAUGAUGAUGAUGAUGAUGAAGAUAAUAAUGAUCAUCAUCAUAAUCCAAAUGAAUUACCAUUAAUCGAUCCAGAUAUGAUUAUCUAUACAAUGAAACCUGAAUCACAAAUAUAUCAAUCAUCAUCGGCGACGAUAAUAUUGAAUUAUCAAUGGUUAAAUUACAUUAUCAUCAUUAUCAGCCUAAUCAUCAAUACAUUUUUCAACUAGAAAAACAAACAAAAAAGCAUUAUUCAAAGCAAUAUUUAUGUUGUCUCAUUUUUCUUUUUUUCCAUUAUUAUCAAUGGUGGUGGUAGUUUUAUCCAAAUUUUAUAUCUAACUAAAAAUUCUUCAUUCAUUCAUUCAUUCAUUCUUUAUGAAAAUUAAUUGAUAAAUUCCUUAAUGAACUCUGCUAUUUCACAGAGAGAAACAGCUUUAAUCUUCCCAUCAUUUUUUUCCUCCGAAAAUGUUUCUAUCAUUCGUUUUACAUUUUGUUUUUUGUUUUUUUUUUCGUCUAAUCAAAUUCAUUCAUCCAUAAAUACACACACACACAGUGAGAUAAUUUCUUUUGAAAAUGUGGCUAAAAAUCAUCAUCAUCAUC